AUUCUCUACUCAGAACUCAGAAGAAUGCCACACUAGACCAAGCAGAGAAUCAAUGGCAACUCUAAGCCUCAAUCUUUAUUCUCCUUCAGUGAGGCAUCAAUAUCUCCUCCCCAAAUCUCAUUAUUCAAAAUCCAAUUUCAGAAUCUCAUGUUCCACCUCUUUCUUGCAAAAUAAAAAGUUUAAGAGGGAGUAUACAAGUGUGAUGAUAGUGCCAACAGGUGUAGGAGCAGCCAUUGGUGGCUAUGCUGGAGAUGCUUUACCUGUUGCUCGAGCUCUUUCCUCUGUUGUUGACUGCCUUAUCUCUCAUCCUAAUGUUCUUAAUGCAGCAAUGCUGUACUGGCCGAUGCCGAAUGCACUCUAUGUUGAAGGCUAUGCACUAGAUCGAUUUGCCGAAGGCCUUUGGGGACUGCAACCAGUUCAUCAAAAUAGGGUGGGAUUAGUUUUUGAUGCUGGGAUAGAGAAGGAGCUUCUUAUUCGUCAUCUACAAGUAGUUGAUGCAACAAGAGCUUCUCUUGGAUUGCCAAUAGUGGGAUACACUGUAACUGAUACACCUCUACUGGUGGAGAAAUGGGUUGACCCAACAAGUGGCCAAUCAACAGGGAGGAUACAGCGUCCAGAUUCACUAUUGAGAGCUGUGGAGAACUUGCAAAAUAAGUUUAAGGUAAAUGCAGUUGCAGUGGUGGCUCGCUUUCCAGACGAUGAUACUGAGGACUUGGAUGAUUAUCGACAAGGAGUGGGGGUAGAUCUUUUGGCAGGUGUGGAGGCUGUUAUAAGUCAUCUAGUGGUGAAAAAUUUUCAGUUUCCCUGCGCACAUGCUCCGGCAGUAUUGCCUCCUCAAUUAAACAUUUCUCUAUGUCCAAAAUCCGCUGCUGAAGAGAUAGGAUUUACAUUCUUGCCAUGUGUACUUGCUGGGCUUAGCACUGCACCACAGUAUUUGGUCAAGGGAAACAAUUUUUCAGAGGACUGCAUUGUAGCAGGUGAUGUUGACAGUGUAAUUGUACCGAUCGACGCUUGUGGCGGAGAUGGUGUUCUUGCUUUUGCCAAUGGCAAAAGACACAAGCCUCUUAUAAUUGCUGUUGAAGAGAAUCAAACAGUUCUAAAUGAAACGCCAGACUCACUCGGUAUCGAAGCUGUGAAGGUCUCAAACUACUGGGAAGCCAUAGGUGUAAUUGCAGCUCACAAGGCAGGAAUAGACCCAAAUUCUCUUAGAAGGAAUAGAAUCAAGAACAUUGCACCAAUAUCUUUUGUUCCUUCAAAUGGUUAUGCUACAUCAAGUGCCAAAUCACUUGUUUGACCACAAAAGUUAUAGAUAUUCAUCAUAUUAAAGGGCAACCCGGUGCACAAGGCAUCUCGCGUUCACGCAGGGUCCGGGGAAGGGCCGCACUCUAAGAGGUGUGAUGUAGACAGCCUAACAUUCAUCAUAUUACACGAAUUAAUUUGAUUUGUAUAGCGCAAAAGGUGAGUUUAAAUUGGAAACAUGGUCAGUAAGGAUUUAUAUAUUCGAGCCCAACUAGUUGGGACUGAGGCGUAGUUAUUAUAGUAUAGCGGAAAAUGUUUUAUUUUCUUCCUUCACUUUUCAUUCUUAGUUUUUGUAUUAUCAUUAAUUGAGUACAUAGGGGAGUAUUAUAAUAUGAUCUGCUCAUUUUUUAGAUUUCA